UCCCAGCAGACGUGCGCACAAGCUUCGAUCUUGAGCUAUAAUGGAUACAGUUCGUUUCAGGUCAUUUCAGUACAGGCCGUCGUGUCGCCACGACGCCUGCUAUGGAAAAUUCGCCUGGUUGACUUGAACCCGUUGGAUUCCUCAUACAGGCCGUCGUGUCGCCACGACGCCUGCUAUGGAAAAUUCGCCUGGUUGACUCGAGCCCGUUGGAUUCCUCAUAUACUGCUAUACGAGAAGACUGCGUGGCACAGAGUGCGUGAGUACGAUAGCCAACCUAAUAUCAUACAUGCUGCUGCUACGCUAAACUGAUCACACUAGCGCGCACUGUAAAACACAAGCCGUGUGCAUUAUCCACGUAGUGGGAAGACGACCACGGGUGCCGGUCAACGACUCAGGCACACCGAGACCGAUCUUGCUGAGACCAAGAGUGCCGGUCAACGACUCAGGCACACCAAGGACUCCGUGGAUUUUCACUCCUAUAUUCUGCACUCGUGCUCGCGUGGAACAUUCACAACAUCAUGCUACGUUCAGUGGUACACACUCCCCCUGCCCUGGGGCACUCAGUACCACUGUCGGUCACGCUGAUGGACGCGAGGUUUGCCUCCCCGACGGGUCUUCUUCUUCUUCUUUUUCGGGGGCUCCCCCGUUUGCUCCAGCUGUUCGCUGUCGCCGCGUCCUUCACGUUGAGAGGGUUCGACAUCUUCUGGCUCGUCUCCUGGCUCGACUCCUGGCGGAGGACUUGUGAGGCUGCUUUCACGUCUCUGUACCUGUUGCCCCACGGGGUAUCGCAGUGGCUGCCCAAAGGGUACAAUCGAGGACUCUCCUGAACAAUGUGCCAUGGGAUGUAUGAUGUGACAGAGACACGGUUAUUUUCCCAGUGGACGUGCGCACAAGCUUCGAUCUUGAGCCAUAAUGGAUACAGUUCGUUUCAGGUCAUUUCAGUACAGGCCGUCGUGUCGCCACGACGCCAGCUAUGGAAAAUUCGCCUGGUUGACUUGAACCCGUUGGAUUCCUCAUACAGGCCGUCGUGUCGCCACGACGCCUGCUAUGGAAAAUUCGCCUGGUUGACUUGAACCCGUUGGAUUCCUCAUACAGGCCGUCGUGUCGCCACGACGUCUGCUAUGGAAAAUUCGCCUGGUUGACUUGAACCCGUUGGAUUCCUCAUCUACUGCUAUACGAGAAGACUGCGUGGCACAGAGUGCGUGAGUACGAUAGCCAACCUAAUAUCAUACAUGCUGCUGCUACGCUAAACUGAUCACACUAGCGCGCACUGUAAAACACAAGCCGUGUGCAUUAUCCACGUAGUGGGAAGACGACAACGAGUGCCGGUCAACGACUCAGGCACGCCGAGACCGAUCUUGCUGAGACCUAGAGUGCCGGUCAACGACUCAUGCACACCAAGGACUCCGUGGAUUUUCACUCCUAUAUUCUGCGCUCGUGCUCGCGUGGAACAUUCACAACAUCAUGCUACGUUCAGUGGUACACA